AAGAAAUGGAAGGAAUGAUGUUGAUGUUUGUGGAUAGCUAGCGAAAGCAAUGUGACAGUUUGGAAUAGUGGCAACAAAUCGAAAGAGCUGGAGUGAACUGACAGGAGCUCAGGAUGUUGGAGUCCUACGUCACUCCGCUCUUGAUGAGCUACGUGAACCGCUACAUCAAGAACCUGAAGCCCUCGGACCUGCAGCUGUCCUUAUGGGGGGGAGACGUGGUCCUCAGCAAGCUUGACCUCAAGCUGGAUGUCCUGGAGCAGGAGCUGAAGCUGCCUUUCACCUUCCUGAGCGGUCACAUCCACGAGCUGCGCAUUCACGUGCCAUGGACCAAGCUGGGCUCCGAGGCCGUGGUCAUCACCAUCAACACCAUGGAGUGCAUCCUGAAGCUGAAGGACGGUGCUCAGGAUGACCAUGAGAGCUGUGGCUCCAGCUCGACCAGUCGCAGUGCGUCCGACAGCUCCAAGUCCCUGGCCAAACCCCGGCGGGUGCAGCAGGCCGCCCCUACGGACCCGGACCUGCCCCCAGGAUAUGUCCAGAGCUUGAUCAGGCGGGUGGCCAACAACGUCAACAUUGUGGUGAACAACCUCAUCCUGAAGUACGUGGAGGACGACAUUGUGCUGUCGGUCAACAUCACCUCUGCCGAGUGCUACACUGUAGACGAGAUGUGGGACAGGGCCUUCAUGGACAUCGCUGCUCCCGACCUGGUGCUGCGGAAGGUGAUCAACUUCUCGGACUGCACGGUGUGUCUGGACAAGAGGAACGCCAGCGGGAAGAUCGAGUUCUACCAGGACCCGCUGCUCUACAAGUGCUCCUUCCGCACGCGCCUGCACUUCACCUACGACAACAUCAACUCCAAGAUACCGGCCGUCAUCAAAAUCCAGACCAUGGUGGAGAGCCUGAAGCUGUCCAUGACUGACCAGCAGCUGCCCAUGUUCAUCCGCGUCAUGGAGCUGGCCCUGGCACUGUACUACGGCGAGAUCGGCACCACCAAGGAGGCGGACGGCGACGAGGGCGCGGGCAGUGCCCGGGAGGUGGUGGUCAGCAUCCCAGGUAUGGACGUGGACCUCGAUCCCCAGGCCAUGGUGGGCCAGUACCCAAGCCCAGACCAGUACAUGUCCCCGGGGUCGGAGGACGACGAGCAGGGCUGGGUGUCGUGGGCCUGGUCCUUUGUGCCGGCCAUCGUGAGCGAGGACGAGGAGGACGGCGAGGGGGGGUUCUACAUGGAGGGGGACCAGGGAGAGGGCGGUCCCAGCGGCCCUCAGCAGCACACGCCCAAAGAGCCCGUAGUGUCCAUCGGCUUCUACUGCACCAAGGCAUCGGUCACCUUUAAGCUGACGGAGACGCAGUCGGAGAGCAGCUACUACAGCCCCCAGAAGGUCAAGUCCAGGGAGGUGCUGUGCGUGGAGCAGGAGGGCAUCACCGUGGAGGCGCUGAUGAAGGGCGAGCCCUUCUUCGACUGUCAGAUUGGCUUCGUGGGCUGUCGGGCCCUGUGCCUGAAGGGCAUCAUGGGAGUGCGGGACUUUGAGGAGAACAUGAACAGGCGUGAAGAGGAUGCUGUAUUCUUCACCUGCGGAGAGAACCUGAGUUCUAAAGGCAUGACCUACCUGACCAACUCCCUCUUUGACUACCGGAGCCCUGAGAACAAUGGCGUCCGUGCCGAGUUCAUCCUGGAUGGGAACCUGCACAAGGAGACCUACACAGAGAUAGCGGGCAUGCAGAGGUUUGGGGCGUUCUACCUGGAUUACCUCUACACAAUGGAGAAUGGCGGUGGCAAAGUGUGUGUUGGCUCUCAGGACUUGUCGUCGGCGGGUAAGGAGGAGCCGGUGCCGCCGGUGCAGGAGUCGUCUGUGAAGCGUCUGGUGGUGGGGCCCGUGGACGUGCGCCUCCAGAGCAGCGCCGUGCACCGCAUCCUCAAGAUGGUGGCCUGCGCCCUGGACCACGAGUACGAGCCCUACUGCAGAGACAAGCCAGAUGUGGUGGAGGAGAGCCGGGCGGCCCCUACCCAGGAGGAGCUGGCGUCCCUGGAGGAGUUCAUCCCCACGCGCCUCACGUCCGUCACGCUGCUCAGCAUCUCCGUCACACUGUGCAUGGCCGAGUUCAACCUCCUGCACACCGUCCUGCCCCUCAUCAUGGGGCACAAGACCCCCCCUCCCCAGGCCAGUGCUCCAGUGUUCCAGGCGGUGCGGCCGCUGCCGGUGGUCAGGCUGCUGGUGGAGCGGGUCAACCUGGAGCACUCGGAGCCCAUGUACGCCCCCGAGCUGGUCAGCGCCGUCAGCAGCCUCUCCCAGCCCUCCGACAACCUCCUGCACCACUGCUAUGCACACUGCUACCUCAAGGUGUUUGGUUUCCAGGCAGGCCUGAGCUCCAUGGACGCUGAGGGCCGCUUCCUCCCCCUGAUCCCCAUCGUGCCCUCCUUCAGCAUGGCGCUGUACGGGAAGCUGCUGCGCCUGCCCGCCUACUGGACUAAGAGGUCUUCUGUGUCCAUCACCGAGUGCAUUUUCGAGCUGCCCCACUUCUCGCUGCAGGGCAGCCGGGCCCAGAUGCUGCUGCUGCAGGCCAUCAGUCAGAGCUGGACGCACAGCCUGGGCAGCGGGGCCUCCCAGGGGGUCAGCGACGGCCUGCUCAACGACGUCUACAAGACGCCACCGCCAGGUGUGAAGCCAUCGGGUGGCGCGCCCGUGCUGGAGGCCUCCGUGCAGAGCGUGGAGCUCAAGUUCUGCCGCCGGGCGACGGUGCAGUGCGCCUCGGGCACAGUGGGGGCCGUCAAAGUGUGUGCCAGGACCCUAGGUUCCGCGGAAGGCCAGAAAGAACGUUUGGUUCCGCUGAUCCAAGGCCCGUCCGACACCAAGGAGCUCCACCAGAGCCGCUGGCUCAACGAGUUGCGGAAGCCAGAGUCGCUGCUCGCCCCCGACCUGCUCGCCUUCUCCAUCCAGGUGCCACAGCAGGGCGACGACUGCCGCAACUCAGGUGCCGUGCUGCUGGUCAGCGUGCAGGGCGUAGCGGUGAAUGUGGACCCGGUGUUCUGCACGUGGCUUCUGUACCAGCCGCCGAGAGGGAGCAGCAGGCAGCAGCAGCAACAGCAACAGCAACAGCAACAGGCGCAGGGCGUGCCCCCUGUGGCGAUGACGGGGCCCAAGCGGCGGGAGGACGAGGUGUCGAUGGGGAGUGCACCUUACGCCAAGCCGCCCUCCAACCAGGCCUCGGACUACGCCAGCAGCCCCGUCAAGACCAAGACGGUCACAGAGUCCCGGCCCCUGUCCAUCGCCAUGAAGGUGAUGCCGUGGGCGGAUGCGGAGUGCAGGGCCUCUCCCGAGGAGCGCAUGAAGGAGCUCAUCGCCUGCGUGUGGGACGCCGUCAAACGCCUCACUCUCCAGCUGGAGCUGCAGUCGUGCUGCGUGUUUGUGCCCAACGACAGCCUGCCCUCGCCGAGCACCAUCGUGUGCGGGGACAUCCCGGGCACGGUGCGCAGCUGGUACCACAACCAGGCCACCAUGCCGGGGACCCUGGUGCUCUGCCUGCCCCAGAUCAGCGUGCUGAGCGCGGGGCACAAGUACACUGAGCCCCUGCAGGAGAUCCCGUUCGCGGUCGUCCGGCCCAUACUGGAGGAGGGUGAUGCGUUCCCCUGGACGGUGAGCCUGAGCCAGUUCAGCGUGUACACCUUGCUGGGGCAGCAGCGGUCACUGAGCCUGCUGGAGCCCAUGGGCUGCACCUCCACGCUGGCCGUCACCUCUCACAAGCUGCCCACACAGGCCACCGUGCCCCCCGCCACCCCCGAGGGCCCCCACCCCCACGCCUUCAUCGUGUGCCUGCACGUGGACCUGCAGCCGCUGCACCUCAAGUGCUCCAACCCACAGGUGCAGCUGCUGUACGAGCUGUUCCAGAGCUGGAGCUCCACGUGGUCUCGGCUGCAGAGGAGGGGCAUCCUGCGCCAGGCGUCCGGUUUCCCCGACCCCCCCGCCAGCGCCGCCACGGCCGGCGGACCCCCCUCACCCGUGCCCAGCAGCGCCGGCACCGCGCCGCCGGACACCAGCACCUGCAGCCCGUCCGCCGACCUCUGCUCCCCCACUGAGGGGGACUCGGUGCAGGCGGCGGACGACUCUCCGUUCUGCGAGACGGUCACUCUGGAGCAGAGGACCAGCAGCAUCUGCGGCUCCAGCGGCAAGGUCAGCCUGUGGAUGCAGUGGAUGCUGCCCAAGGUCACCGCCAAGCUCUUCGCCCCCGACGCCCUCAACAAGAAAUCAGAGAUCUGUGUGAUCAGCGAGAUGGAGGACCUGAGCGCCUCGGUGGACGUGCAGGACGUCUACACCAAGAUCAAGUGCAAAGUGGGCAGCUUCAACAUCGACCACUACAGAACCAGCCCAGAGGAGAGGUCCAGUGGCGGGGGCCUCUGCGGUGGGGUGGUCCUCUCUUGCACUGACAAGCUGAACAGACGCACUGUGCUGGUCCGCCCCGUCAGCAAGCAGGACCCUUUCAACCACUUCUCUGGGUUUUUUCCUCCCACGGCCGCCAAGGCCCUGGAGGUGUCCCACCAGCAGCACGGCUUCCUGUCCGUCACCUACACGCAGGCGGUCACGCGCAACGUGCGCCACAAGCUGACCGCGCGGCAGGAGCGCGGCGGCCCGCGGGCCGGCCUGGUGAUGAGCGGCGCGGGUGGCGAGGCUCCGCUGGCGCCGGGCACGGUGGCGAUGGUGGACGGCUCGCCGCAGCACCUGCACGAGAUCCUGCUGACGGCGCAGCCCUUCGACCUGGUGCUCUCCUGCCCCCUGCUGGCCGCCGUGGCCGGGGUCUUCCGCGUGGCGCCCGAGCCGUCGUCGCGGCGACGGGCGCUCCGGGAGAGGGGGAGGCAGGCGGGGCAGCCCAUGCGCAGCCACACCCUCACCUCCAGCAGCCUCCCACUCAUCUACGUCAACACCAGCAUCAUCCGCAUCUUCUGCCCCACAGACACAGACUCACCUCAGAAGAAGGAGGACACUCUGGUGCUGAAGAUCGGCUCCGUGAGCAUGGCCCCUCAGGCAGAUAACCCACUCACACGCACCGUGCUGCGCAAGGACAUCUACCAGAGGGCGCUGAACCUGGGCAUCCUGCGCGACCCGGGCUCUGAGGUGGAGGACCGGCAGUACCAGCUGGACCUGCAGUCCAUGAACAUCGGCACGGCCCGCUGGGAGCAGCUCCGGCCGGAGAAGGACGCGGGGAAGGGAGGCUCGCCCGCCGAGGGGGAGAGGAACUCCCAGAACCCCGCACUGGAGUGGAACAUGGCCAGCAGCAUCAAGCGGCAUCAGGAGCGCCGGGCCAUCCUGACCCCCAUCCUCACCGAUUUCUCCGUGCGCGUCACCGCAGCUCCCGCCAUCAUCUUCAGCAAGCCCAUGUCCCCCGACAACACCCAGGUGGAGGAGAUUGUGGUGUGUGGCCAUUCUCUGGAAGUGAACGUCACCUCAGGCCUGGACUUCUUCCUGAGCGUGGCCCAGGUUCAGCUCCUGCAGCAGCUGCUGCGCGCCAACAUGCUGGGGGCCGAGGGGCCGGAGAAGAGCACAGAGGUGCGUGGUCAGGAGCAGCACAGCACCAUGUCCUUCACGCCCGGGCCACCGGAGAGUGUGUCUCGGCCCAGCGGCGGGGGCGGGGGAGGCGGAGGCGGCGGUGCCCAGGACAGCGGCUUCGGCAGCGACAGCGCCCGCCUGCGCAUCGUGCAGAUCGAGCAGCAGAGCGGCGCCAGCCACCACCGGCUGGCACGGCCCUCGCACCAGCCCACCAUCACCAAGAACCUCAGCUUCAUCCCCUUCGACGUCUUCCUGACCGCCGGGCGCAUGGUGCUCAUGACCUACGCCUCCACCCGCGUGCCCAAGCCCGCGCCCACUACCACCACCGAAGGAGCCACCCCCACCACCACCACCUCCGCCUCUACCGCCAACCGCCCUGGCAAGAGCGCCCUGAACAUGCCCGAGGGUGACCCCCCUCCCGACCCCUCCUCCACCCCUCCGCCCGCUGCCGCCGUGACCUCCGACCUCUCGGCGCUGACGGCGGAGGACCUCCUGAACAGCAACGUCGCCGCCCCCCAGGCGUCGGCCACGGGCCGCUCCUCGUCGGCGGGCGGGCUGCUGUCGCUGGAGUCCCUGGGCACGCCCAGCCGCUCGUCGGCGCGCCAGGCCCUGGGGGUGACGGUGGUGCGGCAGCCCGGGCGCAGGGGCGCCGGCGACGGCCUGCUGGAGCCGCUGCUCUACCUGCAGGUGUUCCAGCCCUCCGCCCUGCUCUCCUGCCACCACCGCAAGCAGAAGCUGGAGCUCUCCGUUUUCGACGUCACCCUCAAGGGCGUGGCGCCCAGCUACAAGUGCACAGACCAAGGGAAGAGUCUUCCUGAGGCCCUGGACUACAGUGUGUUCUGGCUGCAGACGGUAGCAGGAGAAGCAGACAGCCGCACAGGGAUCCCCCCUCCUCUGCUCACCCUGCAGAUCAAAGACUUUCUCAAUGGCCCAGCGGAGCUGAACGUGGAGCUCUCGCGUCCCCUGAAGAUUAACCCGACGCUCGCUAAGAUGGAGCAGGCCAAGGCGUUCCUGCGGAAGGUUUUCCCCGAGGCCGGGGAGCGCCUGGAUCCCGGACGAGCCCCCAGCGGUCACUCCUCGCCCGGCAAGCCCGCCUCUCCCCGCGCCUCUGCCCCUCCGUCCCCGUCCAGGGCCUGGGGUCACGCGGGCCCCCUCCGGGCGCUCCAGCCCUUCCACAAGGUCUCGCUGCGCACCGUCCAGAUGGUGGUCGCCAUGGAGACCGACGCUCACCCGUCGCGGCCCAGCCUGACGGUGUCCGUGUCCGGUAUGAAGGGCAGCCUCGCCAUGAGGCACGGCCCCAAGCUCACAGACCCUCUCCAGCUGGCGUCUCUGCUGAUAGAGGUGGACGACCUGCUGGUGAAGACGGGUCUGCGGGAUCGGAACCGGCUGCUCCUGGGCCCGCUCACCUGCAGUGCCAAGCUGGAGGCCCGCUGGUGCCGACACAGUGGCAGCCCCGGACCAGGGCCCGGGCCAGAGCCGGGCCAGCCCAAACUGCUGCUGGACCUCAAGGGAGGCCUCCUGCAGGUCUUCUGGGGCCAGGAGCACAUGAACUGCCUGCUGCUGGUCCAGGAGUAUCUGCAGGGCUACCUGCAGAAGAGCGGCGCCUAUCCCGACCCGGCCCCCGAGGAGCCGCCCCCCACCUCCCGGCCCCAGUCGCCCCCGGGCCCCCACCCCUCCAAGACGGAGCACAGCUCAGACGACCUCCGCACCGGCCUCUUCCAGUACAUCCAGGACCCAGCAUCCCAGAAGCUGCCCAGUGCCCACGAGGUGGUCUUCUACAACGAGACGGACGACAGCCCUGGGGUCAUGAUGUGGAGGUACCCCGAGCCCCGCGUCCUGACCUUUGUGCGGAUCACGCCGGUGCCCUUCAACACCACGGAGGACCCCGACAUCAGCACGGCGGAUCUGGGCGAUGUGUUGCAGGUUCCCUGUAGCCUGGAGUACUGGGACGAGAUCCAGCGUGCGUUCGUGCCCUACCGGGACUUCAGCCUGUCGGAGAGCAGCGCGUGUGAGCUGCAGCUGCCCAGCCUGAGCGUGGGCCUGGGCCUCGGCCUGGCCAAUCAGCAGAGAGAACUGGUGGCCUCCGACCUCUGGAGGGUCGUCGUCAGCGCCACUGACACGGGAGACGAGCAGAGCUCAGACAGCGAGUCGGGCUCCCAGCUCCAGUGUGACCAGCUGGUGUCGCCCACCGCCCUGGCCGCGUGCACCCGCGUGGACUCCUGCUUCGCCCCCUGGUUCGUGCCCUCCGUGGGCAUCUCGCUGCAGCUGGCAGAGGUCCAACUCCGACUGUGCCACCACCUGGAGCAGCUGGGCACAGCCCCAUGCCAGCGGCUCCGCCCCUUCCUGCCUGACAGGAAGUUGCCCCAGGAGCAGGAGUACAUGCUGAUCGGCGUGAGCGAGCCGCGGGCGUACCUGCGGCAGUGGAGCGGGCGGCGGCCCUCGCAGCUCUACCAGGAGCUGAGCCUGUCCAGCCGCCUGGAGGUCCAGCUGCUGGAGUACCGCAACCUGACGCUGCGGCCGCUGGUGCGGCCCUUCAGCCUGCGCGGCCAGGCCGCCGUCACCCAGGGCCCGCUGCACCGCGCGCUGGACGGCAGCGUGUUCGUGGAGCCCGUCUUCGCCACCGUCAGCCAGCACAUGGUGCACACGCUGGACACGGCCGUCAAAGGCUGGCAGCAGAAUCUGAACCCGGAGGCUGAGGAGCUGGUGUUCAGCCACUACGUGAUCUGUAAUGACACCCAGGAGACGCUGCGCUUCGGCCAGGUGGACACGGACGAGAACGUGCUGCUGGCCUGCGUCCACAGCCACCAGUACAGCUGGCGCUCCCAUAAGUCCCCCCAGCUGCUGCACAUCUGUAUCGAGGGCUGGGGGAACUGGCGCUGGUCGGAGCCCUUCAGUAUCGAUAACGUGGGGACGCUGCUGAGGACCAUCGAGUACAAGGGCCAGACCGCCUCCCUCAUCAUUAAGGUGCAGCAGCUCAGCGGCAUCCAAAAGCAGGUGGUGAUCUGCGGGCGCCAGGUGAUGUGCAGUUACCUGGGCCAGGCGCUGGAGCUGCGGCUGGUGCAGCACUACGUGGGCGCCGACGGGCAGACGGUGGUGCGCGAGCACGUGGGCUGCCUGGACGCCGGCGGCAAGCUGCCCUCCUACGUGCUGGAGGACAGCGAGCUGACCGAGCUGUGCGUGCGCGCGCGCGGCGACGAGGACUGGUCGCAGGACGUCCGACUGGACCGUCGGGAGAGCUCCGUUGUGCAGGUGCCUUGUUCCAGUGGCUCCCUGCUGAACGUGUGGUGUACCCUGAUCACGCUGGAAGCAGACACCCACAUGCAGCAGAGAGUGGUGGUGUUCAGUCCCCUGUUCAUCAUGCGGAGCCACCUGCCGGACCCGGUCAUCAUCCACGUGGAGAAGCGCAGUCUGGGCCUGAAGGAGAGCCAGCUCAUCCCAGGCCAGGGCCACGAGGAGGCCCUGCUCAACGUGGAGGCCGACCUCACACACCACCUCACCUUCCAGGCCAGGGAGGACGAGGACGCGUCUCAGUGUGCGGUGCCCAUCUCGUCCAGCCUGAUCAAGCAGAUCGUGAGCAAGGCGGCGCCGGAGGAGGUGAGCCAGCAGCAGCAGCCCAUCCUGCAGGACUUCUACGGGGUCAAGAGCUCCGGCCGGCCAGCCUGGCCCUACACCAGCAAGGACUCAGACAGGUCAGGGCUGGAGACGGUGGCCCAGUGGGACAGCCCCAUGCAGGUGAAGCUGUCGGCGUGGCGUCCAGGUGUGAGCACCCUGCUGGUGGAGCUGGUGCCCUGGGCGCUGCUGGCCAACCACUCCCACUGGGACCUGUGGCUCUUUGAGGGCGAGCGCAUCGUCCUGCAGAUCCCUGCCGGCAAGGUCAUAGUGCCCCCCAACUUCAAGGAGGCCUUCCAGAUUGGCAUCUACUGGGCCAGCACCAACACGGUGCACAAGUCGCCCGCGCUGAAGCUGGUGCACGAGCUGACGUCGCCGCGCUGGAAGGAGGGCUCCAGCCCCGAGGUCAUCACGCUGGACGAGGACGGCUUCGUGGAGGCUGACAUCACGCUGGGGUCGUUCCCCGGACGACAGAAGGUGUGUCAGUUCUGCGUGUCGUCGGUGGUGAGGCACGGCAUGCAGAUCUUGCAGGUUGAAGACCGCACCAUCCUGGUCAACAACACGUCACAGGCCCUCAGCUACAAAGCCCUGCUGUCCGAACAGAGCCUGGCCAGCCACAAUGAGCCGGUCGGGUCUCCCGAAGCGGCGGUCUUCAUCCUGGCUCCGGCGAGGUCCAGUGGUCAGCCCCGGCGCUGCGCUGUGCCCUGCUGGGACCUGCUGCGCGAGGGGCCCCUGGCGGAGGUGGAGUCGCCGCUGCCCACCAAACACAUGCUCCUCAGUGCUAGUGGGCCUGCUGGCGCAGCUGCGUCCUGGAGCCUCCCCGUGCCCGUGCGGCCAGACUUCCCCAGGCAGAGCGUGGCCGUGCCAGACCAGCCCAGGGAGGGACUCAACAGCAGGGCCUUGGUGGUGACCUACCAGGAGCACAUGGGCAUCACGUUCAUCACAGUGAGCGAGGACCCCUGCCCGCGCGUGCUGCUGCACAACAGAUGCCCCAUCGCCAUGGUGCUCAAGGAGAACCUCAGAGAGACCCCCCGGACGGAGGUGUUCUGCCGGCCACUGCCGCCGCUCAGCUCCCUGCACCACGAGCUCUACCAGCAGGCGUCCAGCUUCCCCGACUGCCGGCCGCGCGAGAGCCUGCCCACCCUCCUCCUGAGGGCCGCGCCGGACCCCAGGGCCUCCCCACUGCCCCCGUCCGACUGGACCGAGCCCAUCGACAUCAACAGCCCCGGGACACAGGUGGUGUUCCUGCCCAGCUUUGGCUGCCUGUAUGUAGAUGUCCUUCACCAUGGUGGCACAGUCAUCCUCACAUUAGCCCCUGAGAGCUGUGCUGGGACCAUCAUCAGUCAGCAUCACAGGUUGGCCAGACAGACUCUGUCGUUCCGCGUGCUGCUGAGCGAGGCCAGCCUGGCGCUCUGUGAUGACCUCACCACGCCGUCCGGCUCGGUGGAGCUGCUCCGGCUCACGCUGACCAAGCUGCUGCUGCACCUGUCGCCCGCCGACCCCUCCGACCCCGCCGCCGCCACCUCCUCCGACCUCUCGGCCGGCCCGCGCGUGCCCGCCUCCACCUCCUCGCCCUCGGCCUGGGACGUGCGGCCCGACCCCGGCUCCCCGGUGCCCGGCGCGGGUGGCAGCGCCCUGGAGCUCUACUGCGCCAGCCUGCAGCUGGACAACCAGCUGUACACGCGCGCCAGCUUCCACUUCCCCGUGCUGCUGUGCCAGGACUCCCGCACCGCCGAGCCCUCAUCGUCCUCCUCCUCCUCCUCGUCUCCUUCCUCCUCCUCCUCGUCCUCUGGCGCCCCCUGGAGUGCGGAGGCCCACCCGCUGCUCUCUCCCGAGGCCCUGCGGGCGUACCGCGCCGGCUGCUUCCUGCGGCUGGCCGUGGCGCUGGGGCCCGACCUCUCCAUGGAGACGGUGGCCGUGCAGAUGCAGCCGGCGCGCGUCUACCUGGAGGACACCUUCGUCUACUACGUCAAGACGCUCUUCCACUCCUACCUGCCCGAGUCCGCCUUCGGCCCCGCCGCCGGCGGUGGACCCUGGACGACGUCCGGCACGGCGACGUCCGCCUCUUCCUCCUCCUCCUCCUCCUCCUCCGCAGGCAGCGUCGCCGGGCUGCCCGAGGAGGUGGUCCAGGCCACGCAGGCGCUGGUGUGGCCGCUGCGUCUGCGGAGGCUGACCAUCCAGCCGGUCAGCCUGCUGGUCAGCAUCCACGCCUCGCUGAAGCUGUACAUCGCGUCGGACCACACGCCGCUGGCCUUCUCGCUGUUCGAGCGCGGCCCCGUGUGCACCACCGCACGCCAGCUCGUCCACGCGCUCGCCAUGCACUAUGCAGCGGGGGCGCUGUUUAGAGCAGGCUGGGUGGUGGGUUCUCUGGAGAUCCUGGGCAGCCCUGCCAGUCUGGUGCGCAGCAUAGGGAACGGCAUCGCCGACUUCUUCCGGCUGCCCUACGAGGGCCUGACCAGGGGCCCCGGGGCCUUCGUCAGCGGCGUGUCUCGAGGGACCACCUCGUUCGUCAAACACAUCUCCAAAGGUACGCUGACGUCCAUCACUAACCUGGCCACCAGCCUGGCGCGGAACAUGGACCGGCUGUCGCUGGACGAGGAGCACUACACGCGGCAGGAGGAGUGGAGGAGGCAGCUGCCCGAGAGCCUGGGGGACGGACUCAGACAGGGCCUCUCACGCCUGGGCAUCAGCCUGCUGGGUGCCAUCGCAGGCAUUGUGGACCAGCCCAUGCAGAACUUCCAGAGGACGUGGGAGAUGCAGAGCUCGGCGGGCAGCAAGGCCAAAGGGGUCAUCUCCGGCGUGGGCAAGGGCAUCGUGGGAGUGUUCACCAAGCCCAUCGGAGGAGCAGCCGAGCUGGUCUCACAGACUGGAUACGGUAUCCUCCAUGGCGCUGGACUGUGGGAGUUGCCCAAACAGUUGUACCUGCCAGCAGAGGAGCAGGCAGCGCAGGCAUCCAACAGCCACCUCAAAUAUGUCUGGAAGCUGCUGCAGUCCCUGGGGCGUCCGGAGGUGCACAUGGCUCUGCAGGUGGGCCUGGUGAGCAGCUCGGGGCAGGAGCACGCCGGCUGCCUGCUGCUGACCGCUGACGUGCUGUUCGUGGUCAGCCUGAGCGAGGACACCCAGCAGCAGGCCUUCCCCAUCACAGAGGUCACCUGCCAGCAGGAGCCCAGCCAGCCCGGGGAGCUCACGCUCACCCUGCAGCAGACCAGGGUCAGCAGCGACAACGAGACGGAUGGGGGUCGAGAGCGCCUGUCGGAGCAGCAGUACCGGCGGCUGGUGGAGUAUGUGACGCGCGUGUCCCAGCAUCUCUCGCCUGCGCCCGCCACCCUCCAACAGCAUCAUCCGCCCGUCACCGCCGCCGAGCCCCCGCCCACCCUCACCAAGAGCUACCGCUACCUGGUGGAGCCCGCGCACGCACGCGUCUUCAUCUACAAGUUCACCCUCGUCAAGAACAAGGCCCUGCGCGUGGGCUUUCACUGACACACUGACACACACACACACACACACACACACACGCGCGCGCUGCUGACAGUCACCGCUGAUGGCCUUAUUUACAGGACCAAUGGGCUCGGUGGGAGAGAGCGACUCGUAUAUAUAUAUAUAUAUAUGCACUGGUGUCCGGCACAGUCCAGACUGGCCACUCAGGAUGUGUUGAAGGUCACUCAGUGUGUUGCCAGUGAGAGUAUGAGGUAUAGAUAAAGAAGUGUGUAUGGACGUGGGUCUUAAAGUGUUUCGUGGAUAGAGUUGCUCUGGUAGAGGGUGAUUGUGGGACAGGUGUGUUGGGGGGGGGUUUGUGGACUGUGGAGGUUCAGGUGAAGGGAAGAGCAGGUGUAGUGUGUGUAGCGUAAAGUGCCAGGAGAGCUGAGGGCAGGUGUGAGCAGGGAGAAGCACGCUAUGGACACACGUCAUGGACUGACCAUACUGCUACAUUAGGAAGGAAAGGGAACAUGGCAGGAGAAUUUCAUUUCAUUUAGAAAUAAAACACACACACACACACACACACACACACACACACACUCACACUCACAGAGAGGCCUUUCAUUUCCAUGUAUUUAUUAGAGCAUCUGAGCUGCACGUUACAGUGUGUGACGCUAACCGUUAUAAAGCGGUGCGGUGUGGUCUCUACAGGAGCGCCUCAUCAGCUUCACUAUUUAUUCUUAAAACGGUUCUUAAAGGGAUAAUCCGGAGUGAAAU